AUGGCAGUCUCAGACUAUAACCCGUUCGCCAAGCGCUCCGAGUUCACGUCCCGGAACUUGUACGCGUACAAGAUCCUAACCAUCAUCUCCUGGCUUCUACUCGUCGUGACAGGAGCUCUGUACACCUUCCGCCGCCCGGGCGAUGGCACGCACCACAACCGCAAAAUCUGGGAGAUGAACCACAUGUACGCCACGCCCUUCUCCCUGAACGCCAUUGUCACGAGCAUCUACUGGGUCGUCACCUUGAUCUUCCAACUGAACUACAUCCGCUUCCUGUGGAGCUCGGACACGACCUACCUGAACAGCAGCGCCAAUGUCGGAAGCCACUAUAUCCUUAACAACCUCAUGCAAUUCGGCUUCAUCAUGUGCUGGACGCGCGGCCACUUCUGGCCCGGCGAGGUGAUCCUCAUCGCCAACCUCUUCAACCUCACCUCCCUGUAUUUCCGCCACUCAGGCACCCCGCUCUGGAUUCACGCCCCUGUGGUCAGCUUCCCCUACGCUUGGAACUACGUCGCGAUCCUGUGGGACGGUGCCGCCGCCGUGCACGCCCACAGCCUGCCCGCGCGCAUCCUCGCCAACAUUGUUAUCUGGGGAAUCCUCGUCCUUGGCGGGUUCUUCCUCGUUGUCUUCAAGGACUGGACUAUGGGCGUGGCAUUUGCCAUUCUGAGUCUUUCUCUCGCACUUUCCCAGCUAGCGACAAAGGUCAUCGCCUUCCAGUGGAUCUUCGCAUUCGUGAUUAUGGGCGUUCUAUUCCUGGGUUCGGCUGUUGUGUCGGCGCCCGGUCUGUUCGCACAGGAUCGCAGCGUCAGACAAGAGGGCGCGGUGGUCAGUGAAGAUCGCGAGCGAGAGCCAUUGUUGAACGCUUGA